AUGCAAAGUAUGCAACCACCAAGCAAACUUCAGCGGACGGGUUCAAUUGGGGGAGCCUCGGGGCCCCCUGCGACGACUUCUGUGUCCUUCUCAGUUUCCCCCAUUCCAGGUGUCAUAACGGCUGCUCCUCCCGUCCGUCUAGACAGCACAAGCAGCGUGAACAGCAGCAGUGGCGAUGGCACGGCCUCAGUGCCUGCUGGCCUGUGGAACGUCUCAUCUCUAGGUGCCUCUUCUUCUGGCGUUCGGGGCGUUCCUGCAGCUUCAGGAGUACCUGCUGGUAUUUCCCCGGGAGCACCCUCUGCAGGGGCCGCUGCCUCUCGGCGUCGUUUCAACCUUUACGCAUCGUCAAAGCGGAACCUGUGUUGCCCUUUCUGCACUCCGAGCGGAGGCAGUGGCAGCACAAUAGUCUUGGAUAGCAGCAGCGGCGAUCAGCUGUGCCGAGAUUGCGGAUAUGUCUUGGAAGAGAGGGUCUUGAACGAAGAACAAGAGUGGCGUUCCUUUAGUGCGGAGACGUCGGGAGGGGCUCCGAAGGGCGCAGAUCGAAACAGAGUCGGCGAGGCCUUAGACGGCUGGCUCGAAGAUGGGGGCAUUGGAACCUCCAUGUUGAUUGGCGGCGGAUCGAGCAGCAAGGGUUUGGGGUCGGGAAGGCGACUGCAGAUGCUGCAUGAGGCAGCAACUGGAGGCAGUGGCGCUGGAGAGAGUGGCAGCAGGGAUAGACAGCUGCGAGCGGCAUUCUCGUAUCUCCGCCUGAUUGGGGAGGCCUUCAGUUUUAGGGACCAUGUACUUGAACGGGCGAAGGAAAUAGCCAAGGAACUUCUGGACGCAGGUCACUUGCGAUCGCGGAGCACGGCCGUCUCAAUGCUGGCAAUUACUUACUUGGCUUGCAGGGAGGCUGGAGCAACCCGCACCGUUCGUGAGUUGGUGGUUUACGACCGCUCGAUAUCUGAGAAGGAACUCGGCAAGGCUAUCAACAGGAUCAAACGCCAGCUUCCCAUGAGGGGAGGGACGAACAAUGCAGAAACUGCCACCCACCUUCUUCCAAGGUACUGCAGUAGGCUGCAGCUCUCGAUGCAUAUUAGCGAUGUGGCGGAAUACGUCGCCAAGAGGGCCACACAAAUCUUUGUAUGCAGCCACAGGCCGAACUCGGUUGCUGCCGCCGCUAUUUGGCUAGUGGUGCAGCUGUUGAGCAGUAGCAGCAACCCUCAGCAGCCGCUGCUGCUUCCUAAGGCCUCGGAGAUUGCUUCGGUGACUGGAGCAGGCGAGCACACUCUCCGAACUAUUUGCAAGGAUAUGCUAGAUGUCGCGGAGCACCUCCUACCGAGUGAAUUUCAGCCCACGAUUGAGGGAGGCAUUGAGGCUCUUAGAGCCCGAACGGGGAGGAAGCGCAAGGCCUCCCGCCUCGGCGAAUGGCCUCCAAAUUCCGGAACUUUGUUUGUACUACAUCAGAAACCUUCAAAGAAGCCUUUUCCUCUCAAGCCCUUGAAGGGGAGGGCCUUAACUGCAACAGGGAGGGCUCAAUGUGCCACUAUCCAUUUAAGCCAGACAGGUGUCCUGUUUCGUGCAUGGAAUCAUGCCGUCGUGCAUGGAAUCAUGCCGUCGUGCAUGGACUCAUGCCGGUGGCAAAGUGACAGUUAUACAGUCUGCGCUGACACUUGA